AUGGGAAAACAAAGAGACACUUUAAAGAAACUGGCAAGGACCUUUCAGAUCCGACAUGUGCUUCUCUGCCAGGCCCUGGCAGAGUGCCUGGGAACCCUAAUUCUGGUGAUGUUUGGUUGCGGUGCAGUAGCACAGAUGGUGCUAAGCGGAGGCUCCCAUGGCACGUUCCUCACAGUCAACUUUGCUUUUGGUUUUGCUGCAACAUUGGGAAUCCUUGUGAGCGGACAGAUCUCAGGUGGUCAUCUGAACCCAGCGGUGACCUUCUCCCUGUGUUUACUUGGGAGGGAGCCUUGGAGGAAGUUCCCGCUGUUCUUUUUCUAUCAGACUGUCGGGGCCUUUUUGGGUGCAGCGGUCGUAUUCGGCAUGUAUUUUGAUGCAUUAUGGGACUUUAGCCAGGGGGAGCUGAUCGUGGUGGGGAAGAACGCCACAGCUGGGAUUUUUGCCACAUAUCCAUCCAAACAUCUCACCCUGGUUAAUGGAUUCUUUGAUCAGAUUAUUGGAACAGCCGCGCUGAUCGUGUGUAUCCUGGCCAUAGUUGAUCCACACAACCGUCCAGUGGCGAGAGGUCUGGAGCCCUUCACCGUAGGCUGUGUGGUGUUGGUCAUCGGCCUGUCAAUGGGAUUCAACUCUGGCUAUGCUGUCAACCCAGCCAGGGACCUGGGGCCGCGCGUCUUCACGGCUCUCGCAGGCUGGGGCAGAGAGGUCUUCACAGCAAACACCUACUGGUUCGUUGUGCCCAUCUGUGCGCCCUUCUUGGGUGCAGUGGUGGGUGUGCUGAUUUACCAGCUCAUGAUUGGAUACCAUUUAGAAGGAGAAGUGCAAGAAAAGCAGAGGGAGGAGGAGGAGGACGAGGAGGAGGAGGAGGAAAGGUUCAAACGUUCCAAUAUGACAACCAACGAAGAUGCAUGA